AUGAAGUCAUUCACUCUCCUCAUCGCCUUUCUGGCAAGUUUCGCCAUCGCAUCUCAAUGGCCAUCGCUUUUCAGUCGUGCUCUUGACAAAAGACAGGCUGGACGAUGCGGAACGGGCUUUGGAACAGUCUGCGGAGCAAAUGAAUGCUGUUCCAGCGCUGGAUGGUGCGGAACUGGCUAUCUGUACUGCUCUGCUCCUGCGUGUCAGAUCGAGUAUGGUCCUGGCUGCGAUGCGAAUGUCCGUCCAAGGGGCCCUGAUACAACGAAUGUAGCUCGCCCGAAAGUUGGGAGUAUCCCGUAUGGUCAAGCUAUUUAUCGGUGUAACCGCAACGGAGACAUUGCGUUAACGUAUGAUGAUGGACCAUACACUUACACCGAAGACCUUCUCGAUCUCCUCCAGCGAUAUAAUGCUAAAGCUACAUUCUACAUCACCGGUCGCAACCUCGGAAAAGGCGCUAUUAAUGAUCCAGAUACACCGUGGCCAGGUCUCAUUCGACGCAUGGUACGAGACGGCCAUCAGAUUGCCAGUCACACAUGGUCGCAUCAACGUCUUACAACGUUGAGUCGUUCUAAAUUCUGGAACCAGAUGAUUUACAACGAGAUUGCGUUUGCUGAUAUUCUCGGUUACUUCCCAACCUAUAUGCGUCCUCCGUACUCUGCCAGCAAUUCUACAACUGAUGCAUGGUUGAAUGAGCUCGGGUAUCAUAUCACGUACUUUAACCUGGAUACAGAAGGAUAUCUACACGAUAGUCCAAACAUGAUCAGCACAUCCAAGCAAAUCUGGGAUAAUACCGUCGAGGGUAGAAGCCCAGCUACCAACAAAUGGCUUCACAUCGAGCAUGACCCCGUAUACCAAACAGUCUACAACCUAACAGAAUACAUGCUCCGCUCAAUCCGCCGCAACAACUUCACCGCCGUAACAGUAGGCCAAUGUCUCCAAGACGCCCCGUCAAACUGGUACCGCACCGUCUCAUCCUCCCCCUCACCCACAUCAACGUCCACAUCAUCACCUACAUUCCCCGCUACUACAAACGGUCGAUGCGGCUCACGACACGGCGGCGCGACAUGCAGAGGCGAACCCAACGGCGAGACGUGCUGUUCGCAGAACGGCUGGUGCGGCGGGACGAGCGAUCACUGCGGGAGGGGAUGGGCAAGCCAUGCAAGCCACGAGCGUGAUGCUUAA